GCUCAAAACGAUCGCGGCCCCACACGCUGACGAAUCACGAAAUUACAAAAGCGUCACGUGUAUCAUUUCAUUGGCCCUUCUCUGGUUCAAACUUCAAACCAAACUCUCCAAGAAAAGAAAAAGCAGCCAUGUCGCGACACUCCCCAGCUAAUAUGCCGCGAAUCUUCUCAUCGUUUACUCUUCGCUCUUUCCCAGUCUACCCCUCCCGUGGCAGAGGUCGGAGGAUAUAAAUAGACAUUGUGCAAACAACUUACAGAGUUCAGUUCAGACCCGAGGAGAGGAGAGGAGAGGAGACACCACACCACAGCGCUAAAAAUGGCGGUACCCAGUAGUUUGCUUCGCUCUUCCAACCCUCGCCGAUUCAUUCUUCCUUCUUCUCUUAAUUUAAACAGUCACCCACCCACGUCGUUAUGGUGUUUAAGUAAGGCGGGGGCUAAUGGACACAAAGGAAUUUCCAAUAAUGGUGAGAGGAAGUCCAAGGUUGCAACAAAAGCAUCCACGGCCUCGGAGAGCGUUGUAUCUUCACAACCACAGACCAGCAGUGGAGCCCAUCUCUCUUCCAUGGUGGCAGAUGUCAAGCUCGUACUUUUCAGGAUCUUAGAACCCGCUGUGAAGGUGAAGAGGAAAUCGUGGAAACUUCAGGCCGAGAUGCUCAUAGAGAAGGUAAUCCUUGACUGUAGAUUUUUCUCCUUGCUGGCGGUCAUGGGAUCCUUGGUUGGUUCAAUAUUGUGCUUUGUUGAGGGCUGCUUCCUUGUUCUGGAAUCAUAUUUCCAGUAUUUUUACAAUAUGUCCAAAAAAGCAGAUGAAGGACAUGUGAUAAACCUGCUAAUUGAAGCCAUAGAUAUGUUUAUUGUAGGAACAGCCAUGCUUACUUUGGGUGUUGGGUUAUAUGCUUUGUUUGUGGGCACCAACAACAUGAAGAAAGGAAAUGGGGCUUUACUUUCCGGGUCCAACUUGUUUGGGCUUUUCCGCCUCAAGAUGCUUCCAGCAUGGAUGGAGAUACAUUGUAUAUCACAGGCAAAAUCCAGAAUUGGGCAUGCAGUGCUAAUGAUGCUUCAAGUGGGGGUGUUGGAGAAGUUCAAGAGUGUACCUUUGGUUACUCCAGUAGACCUGGCUUGUUUUGCAGGAGCUGUACUAGUUUCUUCGGCUUGCAUUUUUGUUCUCUCAAGACUUUCCAUGGGUGGAACAGAUGGAAGAUAGCAAACCAUGUACAUGGUUUAUAUAGAUUAUUAUAGACCAUAAUAUCAGCCAUUCCAUUUUCAAUUUUAUUUAUUUAUUUAUUUAUUUUUGAGGGAAACAACUCUAGCCCAAUCAUACAGAUUAAAGGUUCUUUGUAGCAUAUAUUGUAUAUGUUGGCAUACUUUUCAGAACAAUCAACAAGUGCUUUAUGUAAUGUUUCCUCUUAGUUUGAGGAGAAAAAGAACAAUAAAUAAAAGAUGAACACUUUUUCA